AUGAACUCAAAUUCAGAUGAAUAGAUUUUGAUAAAAAAAUUUGAGAACCUUUCUCUAAUACGUAAACCACAUUAUAUUUUUACAAAAUAAGAGAACAAGAUUGAAAUCAAUAAAAUUGACUUAAACACACUUUUAAAAGAACUCUUUCAAGAGGAAUGA